AUGGAACCCGCGGGCCACGCCACCGCCGCCGUCGUCGCACCCGUGGACCUGUCGCGCUCUGCUGCGCCGGCGGGCCUUAGCGCGCCCUGUCUGAACGGCCCGGUUCCCGCGGCGGCGUUGAACGCGCCGACACUGGCAGCGGGGCUGACGACACCUGCGGGUCUGGCCGGGGCCGGAUUGAGCCUGCUGCCGAGUCUGUACGGCCGUGCCGCAGGCGCGGGAGAUUACGGUGUGCCGGCAAGCAGCGGAGGGGACGCGACCGAGUGCCGCCUGGUCGAGUACCGCGGCGAGCGAGUGGCGGCAUUCGUACAGCGCAGCGGGGAGUUGCUCCUGUGCCUGCCACAGGCAUUCGAGCUUUUCCUGAAACACUUAGUGGGCGGCCUGCACACCGUAUACACCAAGCUCAAGCGGCUCGGAAUCAGCCCCAUUGUGUGCAACGUGGAGCAGGUGCGCAUACUGCGUGGACUGGGCGCAAUACAGCCGGGCGUGAACCGCUGCAAGCUGCUCGCGUGCAGGGACUUUGACGCCCUCUACCGGGACUGCACCACCGCUAGUUCGCGACCGGGGCGUCCACCCAAGCGUUCAGGCAUCCUGCUGGGCCUAGCGAGCGCAGCGCAGCACCACCAGGCGGGAUCAGCGAUGCCCGUCUUGCAGGCCAUCAAGAAGUUGCGACCGGACGGAGACUUUGCGUCCACCUACGCCAACGGAGAGGCCGCCUAUGAUGACUCAGUAGACAAGACCACACUGCUGCUGAACUGCCUGCGGCAGCAGAUGGCUGACCCCAUGGGCCGUGGCCAGGGCCAGCCCGGUGUGCAGCCGUUGCUGGCCAAUGGAAGACCCGAGAGCGUGGGAAGCCGCAACGAUGCUUCAUCGACGCCAUCGCUCGAGCACCAGCGGCCGACGACCGUACCUUUGUCGCACAAGACUGCCGCGGGACCACCAGAGCUUGUCAUGGACGACAGCUGCUACAUGGCCGUGGAACAAGGACACGCCGAAGCCAAGACUGCUGGCCCGGAUGGUAGAAGCUACACGUUCGAGGCGGCGGCACAGCACGCAAACUUGCCUCCUCAAGACCGCGGGGCCACGAGCGACGGGUCCGGAAGGAGCGGGCCGCAAGGUGACGACAGUCCGGAUGAAGGCGAGUCAAGCAAGGGCAGCUGCUGCCGCGACGAGCUGAUUGGCCCUGGCGAGGCGGCCGCUACUCCGCCAAUCACGGGCUUCCCGGAGUCGCUGCAGGAGGCCGCUCUGCUGCGUGCAUACGAUGUGUACUCCAUGGAAGCCCUGCUGAGGAACAUACAGGCGCUGCUGCGCGUGGCCGCCGACGGUGCCAGGCACCACGAAAGACAAGUUUCCCUAGAAAAAGCCGAGCUUGGAAUGGAAAUUCUACGUGAACGUGAAUUGCGAGAAAAAGUGGAGAAGCAGCUCGCUGAGGAACAGAAGUUUCGAGUACUGUACCAGCGGCGCCUGCGGAGAGAGCGGCGGUCACGACGCAAGGUUCAGGAGCAGCUCCAAAACGAGAUCAAACGCAGGCUCAAGGCGGAAGAAAGCCUGCGCGAUUCUUCGACCGACAACGUACGCUUUGUGGCCGAGUCUAUGGAAUCGAAGGACGGUUCGGACCCGGAAUUCAGACUAGACGCCGAACAAAAGAUGCAUGAUUGCGCCAUGUCUGUCUACGCUCCGGAACCACCGCGGUGCAGCAGCCCCGGGAGGUAGCGCGGUCGCGACGCCGAGCGGUUCUCGCCGCUGGACGGCGGUGGCGGCGCCUCCUCGUCCGCUUAAAACGGCACGGACGUGGCCACCGCUUACUUCCGUUGUCGGCUAGGAACGACGCCUUGCGGAAAGCAACUAAAGUUCGUAUACAUAGUGAUCGAGUGGGAGACAAGAGGAGCUGAUAGAGUGACGAGUGUACAAGCGCAUCUCCCGUCGUUGUACGCCAGGAAGAACGGCAAGUCCUCGCUUCUGUUUUCCUCGUAGUUUGUCAAUAAAACGGCAUUAGCCUUCGCUGCAGAGUCA